AAUUCGGGUCAACCCAAAUUUGGUUUUAAUUAAAAAACAUGUUAACCCGUAUAUCUCUGAAUCAGGGGUGUUUUACGAAGCGGAAAAUUUCACCCAGAGCUGACCGAUCUUUCUCGUCUCCCUAAGCUGCUGAGAAUUGUUGCCGAGAAUUGGAAGAAUAGAAAGCCAUGGCAGUCCAUGAAGAUUCAAAUCCGCACAAAAAGAAAUCAAGUGAUGCCUUGGAUGAGAUACCGACUUUCAAUGUCGAAAACAUGCAAAACAACACGAGAGUUAUUAAUUAUAGCCGCACGUUCAUGUCUAUUAUAGGUGGAGUAAUUGCCGGAAUUUUGGGAUUCACUGGCCUGAUGGGAUUCAUCUUCUAUUUCCUUGUCAUGGCAAUUACAACUGUAGGACUUGCUGCCAAGACAGGGUUUGCUGUUCAUUCUUAUUUCGAUAGCUGGAACCGGAUUGUUCUUGAUGGCAUUUUAGGUGGACUUCUGUCGUUCGUGCUAUUCUGGACAUUUGCCUAUGACAUCGUGCAUAUUUUCUGAAGAAUGUGGAAUGAAGAUUUGUGCUAAGUUGCUGCCUGCAAUGAAAUGGUACAUGAACUUGCACAUGAAAGCACUGGAGCAAAGAAAGAGGACUCAGUUUUGAUUUCACAAUGUUCACCGUUAAAUCAUUAACAUUGCUUUAUGCUCAUUAUGAUUUUUAAGUUUUCUUAGCAGUGUAAGAGUGCUGGUCUGCAGAAAUAGCAUCAGCUGUUAACUUAAUUUUUCCAUCAGAGAAUGCUUAUGUACUUCAGCGUCUUGAUGAAUUGUCUCUCGUGUUUAUUCUUAGAUACAGAGCACAUCUCUGUAAUGGUUGAUUGUAUACAUUUCUCUCA